UUCGGAGUCUCUUCGCAGAGUAGCCCUCGUCCCUCCUCCGAGCCAUGAGAAGAGCUUCUUCCUCUCUCCUCUCUGCCGUCACGGAAUCCAACCUCUCUUCCCGAAAUCUCGCCACAAAUCUCUUCUCUCACCUCUCUCCGCGACGCCCAUCCCUCCUCUCUCCUCCCCAUCUCAACCCCACCUCCAAUUCCCACCCACUUCUCCCCAACUCCCAUCCCUUCUCGAAAUGCCCUCCACAUCGCGCCACCCAAACCUUUUCCCUAAUCUCCCUUCCUAUCCCCUCUCGCCAUUCAGAGCUCAGAGCAUCCAAUCUCCUAGAAGCUCUCGAAUCCGCCACCACCUCAGAGGAACUCCUCGCCGCCUUCAAAGACAUGGAAUCCUCUCUCGACGAGAGCGACGAGAGGCUCGGUGUGGCCUGCCUGAUGGCGGGCGAUCGUCUAGACUCUCCAGGCUUCGAGGAAGCCCAUAAAGCUCUCGACUUUGCCCUUAGAGCUCUGAAGAUUUUCGAGAAGAGGGAUGGGGGAUGGUCGCUCUCGGUCGUGAAAGCUCUUCGCUUGAUGGGCUCGGUUGCUUGCAAGCUCCAGAGGUUCGACGAUAGCUUGGAGUCAUUGAACGCGGCUGAUGAGAUUCUUGAUAGGCUGGAAUUUGGAAGUUGCAGCCAUUCUGAAGUUAGAUUGGUGAGCAUCGCCGUCCAGAUCCAGCUUGCGAGUACGAAGACCGCAAUGGGCCGAAGAAGGGAAGCUUUGCUUAACCUACGAAAGUCUCUUGAGCUUAAAAAGUCGACCUUGGAGCAUAGUAGUCGGGAAUUGGGCACUGCCUAUAAGGAUUUGGCAGAGGCUUGCACUGUAGUGUUGGAUUUUGAGGAGGCCUUGGCGUUGUGUUUGAAGGCGCUGGAGAUUUAUGAGGCCCAAUUUGGGAUGGAUUCUGCAGAGGUGGUCCCGGUUCGGCGGCUUCUUGGGGUUAUCUAUACUGGUUUGGGGAAGGAUAAGGAAGCGUUGGAGCAGAACGAGCUCUCAAGGAGGGUCUUCGAGAGUUCAGGAUUGGAUACUGAAUUGCUUGAGUUGGAAAUCGAUGCGGCCAAUAUUCAAAUUGCAUUAGGUAGGGUGGAGGAGGCAAUGAACACUCUUAAAAGAGUGAUUCAGCGGUCUGAAAAGGAGAGUGAGACUCGGGCAUUCAUUUUUGUCUCUAUGGCAAAAGCCUUGUGUUGCCAAGAGAAGUUUGGGGACUCAAGGAGGUGUUUGGAAAUUGCUUGUGGUAUUCUCGACAAGAAAGGUUCAGCCUCUCCUGCAAAGAUUGCUGAGGCAUAUGCAGAUAUAUCUAUGCUGUAUGAGACGAUGAAUGAAUUUGAAAUGGCUUUAUCUUUAAUGAAACGGACUCUUGCAAUGCUUGAGAAGCUUCCACAGGAGCAACACCUUGAGGGGAGCAUCAUGGCAAGGAUGGGGUGGUUGCUUCUUGUGACAAAAAGAGUGCCCCAGGCAGUUCCAUAUUUGGAAAGUGCAAUUGAGAAGCUGAAGAACUGCUUUGGCCCAAAGCAUUUUGGGUUGGGUUUUGUUUAUAAGCAUUUGGGACAGGCAUACUUGGAGAUGGACCAGCCGCAAUCGGCUGUGAAGAUGCUAGCACUUGCGAAAGACAUCAUUGAUUUCUCAUUCGGGCCAUACCAUGAGGAUUCAAUAGACACAUGCCAAUGCCUUGCAAAUGCAUUUGGAGCCAUGGGAAGCUAUUCUGCUGCAAUGGGGUUCCAACAAGAAGUUGCAGAUGCAUGGGAAAACCAUGGGCCUGGUGCUAGAGAUGAACUGAGAGAGGCUCACCGGCUUCUUGAGCAGCUGAAGAAAAAGGCUCAGGGAUUACCAUCCGCUGUCUUUCCUGCAAACACUCUCCCAUUGCCCCCACCAAAGUGAUAUUAUACAUUUCAAACUUGUGCAACCUUGUUGUAAGGUGGAGAUGGUGCCAGCAGGCACCAACACCCAGCUUUUCUGAGCAGGUGCAGUGCCAGCCAAUGCCUAACACACAUCUGAAAGCAGAACUCCAUCCAACUCAAGUUUCAUGCUGAAGUGGAGAUAUUGAAGAAUCAAUGGAUUAUAGAGACUGGAAAAAGGUGUAUUAUGAGAAUGAUAUAUAUGUCCAUUUGUAUGUUUCUUGUUGAUCUAAUUUAUUGCUCAGAAGAAAGGUUCGAGAGAUUGGUUCAUGAAUGGGAAUCCCUCGGUAUCUCAUGGACUUACCAAUGUGCAGGUGAUGUUCAUGGAUGAGUUUUUCUCCGUCAUCCAAGGCACUGGAGUGGAUGCAAUAAGAGUUUCUUAUGUCUGGAGCUCUAUGCUUCUCCAACUCAGACCCCACAUCUGGUUGAACUGUCACUUACCUGCAGGUUCUGGCUGGCGCUGGUGUUUCCAAGAGAGCCUGUGGUGGUGUACUUAUAUUUUUAUGUAUCCUUCUGAAAUCAAAGUAGAUAUGAUCUUUCUAUAAUACAGACUUCAAGCCUAGGCAAGUUUUUACUCUUGGUUGCAGUGUUGCUUUAAAGGGGUUAAUCAUGUAUUGGUCUCCAUGUCGCUUCUUAAAAUUUCCCAUUGUAAUUAACUAAACAAAGCUUUGUUAUCGUUUGUUAAUUUCUCUGGAGGACUUUGGGAGUUCAUCAGAGACACAAGUUAUGUGAUUACAGUUGAGUAAGAAGUUAUUGGCUCUUAUAUAAU